GUGUGGACACACUGGCACGCAGCGAAGUAAACACAACGCAAUAUUUCGUCGGAAUUUCACCUGGUUUUCACCUGGUCUGCCGCGCAAUAAAACCGCCCAAUUGCUGCCGAAAUUACGGCACAGAUAAUGUGCGAAUUAAUUGGCAUACGGCGCGAUGAGAUAAUCGGUCGAUUCGGGCGGCAAAAGGCAACUGCGUGUCAAGUGGAAAAUCAGUGAACGGUGGGUGGAGGGUUGACGAGAAAAAAAUAAGAAAACAAAAACAAAACGCGUUGCCGAAAAUCGGCAACAACAAAAGCGAGUGUGAGAAAGGUGCGAGAAAUUCACCUGUCCCCGCUGGCCGAUUUAUUGAUGACGUGGAAUCGGACGAAGGACGCAGGGCCACAGGACAUAUACAUAUUUUCCAGUGCACAUGCACAUGCAUGCUGCACACGCACACACACAUGCAAACACACAGUAGCGCCCAUGCAGAAAACCAGUUGUUUGGCCGUUGCUGUUGUUGCUGUCACUGCUGCUGCUGCAAAUGAGAAGUGCAAGUGAAGCAGCAACAAAAAUCCUGCUCUUGAAGUACAAAGCGAAGAAAAGGAGAAAAUAAAUAAGCGGAAAAGGGCCGAGAAGAAGGUGCGACAACGACAAAAAGUUGUUUGUCAACUUGUUGCCAAUGUUGCAGCCACAAAGUGGCUGGCUGUACAAACAGCAGCAACAAAAACGCAGCAUUUGGCAUCGGGCGAGUCCAGGCGAAAGUCCCAGGCCCACGGCAGGAUAAUAAGGAGCUCACAAAAGCGAAGCACGAACAGGUGGAAAAGGCCAGGAUAUCCUGUCACUCGGCUCCAAAUCGGGAAACAUCAUUGAAGCUUGAUGAUUUCUCCUUUGGGUGAUUAGAAAAGAUUUAAAGUAUACAAAGGAUUAUACACGAAUUUGCUAUUCUAUUUGGGCCUAUAAAUUUGGAUAACUUGCCCAAACAAUCCGCAACCCGUCCCAAAGCAAACUUGAACGAAAUCAGCUUUUGUGAAGGGGCAUUUAUUCCAUUAAAUCAUUUGGCAAUCAGAAGAACUCCUGCCUGCAACCAUGUCCACGAUUACCAGAAGCGCUAGUGCGAGUCCCAUGGCGCUGAACGGCGUCAUCGAUGCCAGCCUGUUCCCGUUGAAGUCUACGGCCGAUGUUAUCAAUCUGUUCCGUCGCGCUCUAACCUCUGGAAUCGAGCCUGAUCUCACCCUGCUCUCCAUCGUCGUUGGCUACAUCGAGUUGUCUUUGACGACGGGAGAGGCUGCUGCGCAGGCCGCUCAAGCCGCCGCGGCCGCAGUCGCAGCAGGUGACAUUAGUCAGGCGACGACAGGUGGAAAUGACAUCAUCAUGGGCAACAGCGUCCCGUUUCCAGUUGUUACCCACGAACUAAUCGCCGGCCUGUAUAAGAAGUUCCAGACGAUCCUGUCGGUGGUCGAGAAGCCCAAGCCCCACCGCCAGGCCACACGCGAGGUGAUCAAGAAGGUAUCGGAUGUGAUCUGGAACUCGCUGAUCCGCAGCAGCUACAAGGAUCGGGCUCACCUGCAAAACCUCUACAGCUAUCUGUCCGGCAACAAGUUGGACUGCUUCGGAGUCGCGCUGGCUGUGGUAGCGGGUUGCCAGUUGCUCGGCUACAAGGACGUGCGACUGGCCAUCUCCGAGGAUCAUGCAUGGGUGGUAUUCGGGCAAAAGCGCGUGGAGACAAUCGAAGUGACAUGGCAUGGCAAAGGAAGCGAGGAUAAGCGGGGGCAGGAUAUUCGUCCCGGUAUCGAAUCCGGAUCCUGGCUCUACUUGGGUGGCCUGGCUGUGGUUUGCGAGCGUGGCAUGGAAGUGGCGGCCAUCUGUGCCGCUCUGAAUAUUUCAUUGACCUCGAACAGUGACUGCGUGGAGGUGGCAGAGCUCCAACAGCAGCUGCUGUGGCUACUCUACGAUUUGGGCCACCUCAAACGCUAUCCCAUGGCCCUGGGCACUCUCGGUGAGCUGGAGGAGAUUCAUCGCACGCAUCCCAGCAUCAGUUGCGAGCAGUUAUAUCGCGAGGCUAUAGAGUCGGCGAGGACCCACUACCGGAACCAUCACGUGUAUCCGUAUACCUACCAAGGGAACUACUACAAUCGAUUGCUCAAAUACCGCGACGCCUUUGCAGCAUGGGCAAAUGCGGCGGACGUUAUUCGCUUGUAUACGUAUCAGUGUCGUGAUGACGAGGAGAUCUACAAGGAGCUGUUGGACAUUGCCAACGAGCUCAUACCGUACGUGAUGAAAACCGAGAGCUCAGGUCAUUCGGCGAGAAGUAUUCUACGAGAUUCUGAGGUUUUCGCCAAUUUACUGCGAUUCUACGACGGCAUAUGCCAGUGGGAGGAGGAUAGCUUGACUCCCAUUCUGCACAUUGGUUGGGCCAAACCACUGGUGAAUAAUAUCACCAAGUUUGAUUACGACAUUAGGUCACAGGUGGUCAUCAAGUUGCCCGAGGAUCUGGAGGCGGAGCAGGCGAAGGCGGAGCUGGCGAGGGCGGAACAGGAAGCCAAGGAGGCUAAGCAGUCGAAGGAAGCUGCAGGAUCAGAGGCUUUGGAAGGCAAUAACAACAGGCCGGUCACAAAGGAAGAGAAAUCCAAGAACUCGGAGCUGCCGACUACCUUGGCCGAUUUAACUGCUGCCUGUGGCGAGAAGAUUCUCAAUCCGGAUUUCUUGCUCCAGGGCGGAGGACACCCGUUCGCCGAUCAGAAGCAACAGCCUUCUGGCGGCGAAUCUGAUAAUGCAGAACUCCACAAUAACAACAAUAACAGCAACAGCAAUAACAACAACAACAACCACAAUGUGGAAAAAAAGGAGGCCGCAGCGACCACAACUAACCGAACAACCACAAGCAAUGGCACCGGCACCUCUGUCCAGUUGCCCGCGUCUAGUGAGGCCAGCAACGCUGGCCAAGCACAAUCCCAAGUUCAAAUAAAUGACCAACUGGGAAAACCACAGCACAAAGAAGCUAAAAAAGAGGAGACAAGCGACGACUACGAUCCCUUCGAGAUAAUGCUCAAACGGCCAGUCAUCACCUUGUACAGCCAAAAGAUGAAGGGCCUGAAGGAUCUGCUGCUGGCCGAGAAGCUGAACACCCACGCUAUUUCCCUCCAAGUCACCGCCCAGUCGGUGGCCUCCCGAAAGGUUCGCGGAGUGGAGAAACAGUCGGCCACCAUUUCAGCCACCAUCACUGCAAUCUCUUCCAGUUCCGGCGACAGUGUCCUGAGCGGAGUCGGUGGCGGAGGUGGCAGUGGCUCAGCAGUCACCGGUGGAGCGUUCUUGGCAUCAUCGUCUCUAGGAGGAGAUUCAAUAGCCGCAUCACGCCCAAAAAGAACGCGUCGCGAGUAAUUCUCAUUGUUGUAUAUUACGUAUUGGAAAACUCUUAUUAAUCGUAUGUGCAAGCUAAGGUGGUUCGAUUUUUGUUGUUCUAAUAUAAAGCAGAGUAAACUGUUUAGUUUUUCAGCAAAUUUCGUUGAAAACACUAGAGCCAAGCUGGGAAUCUGUCCAUUGAGCACAAUUAAGUCAAAAUACACUUCAAUAACUUAUAUUUUUAAAUAUACUACUACUUUUACAAAUUUAAAUUGUCUCGAAAUUGAAAAUUACAUCUUAUAACUUUUUUAUCGGCAGAAAAUUCGAACCACCUAAGUAACCAUGCAUAUAUUAUAUAAGCUAUCAUAUUUUUGAUGUUCGAUGUGUAUUUAUGUAGUUCGUAAGCGCGAGAUGAAACAGAAAUUAAGCCGUUAUAGAACGCCUAGCGUUUUAAAAAGAAAUUUAAAAUGUGAAACACAUAACACACAGACAUGUCCCAGCAAACAAACAACAAGCACACGAAACGCUAAGCUAUGCUAAGUAUUUAUGAUGUAUUUUUAGCUGUUAUACUUUAUCCCUUAUGUAUUUAUUGCUACAACUCUUUGUUUUCCCCUCAAGCAAGCUUAAAAUCUAUUUUUUUAUUGUGUUUAAGCGUAACUUAAUUGGUGCUCUUCUUCGAAAACGAAAGCGAAAUAUAGGUUCUGUGUUUGAUUUGAUCACACUUUAAGGCAAAAAUCUUGAAAAAUGUUUUUUGAACGAUAACCGAAUUGAAGUCCAAAUGGAUAGACGGACUGCUCGUAUUUAUGUAUUUACUUUAAAGCAUUUUAUUGAGGCUAAGCUGAUUAAUUUAACUCUAUUUACAUAUAUAUCCUGUAAUAUUUAAGAACGCAAAUCCUUGUUACGAACUGUUGACUUGAAGCAACAAAACAGUUGGCAAAACCGAAUGCUAAACAAAAGAAUACAUAUUUAACACUUCCUCUAUAUGUGAUACAACACUUUUUCUAGAAAAGCUUUCAUAUUAUCUUAUAAACUAAAUAGAAUUAACCACUCUCCACACACUGUAAACGAUCACCACUUAAGUGGGCUGGCAGCAGCAGGACAGGCUCUUGUUCAGGGCUAAUCCAGAUGAAUGAAUGUAUGUCCCGAUCCCACGGAUAUGUGUCCCAUCCAACUUGUCGCCCCCUUUACAGCUACAGCAAUUACGGAAAAAUCGGAGCUUGUAACAAAUUGUUGAACGAUGAUAAUAAUUGCAUUGAAUUUAAUUUGAUUUGUGCGUAGAGCAUCUGUGAUGAAUAAUAAUGUUUAAAAAUGGAUGGAGAAGGAGCGAAGUGGAGAGCCCAAAACCACACACAAUACUGAUCAACAAUAUUACUAAUCAAAUAUAAGGUGUUUUAUUCCUCGUAUAUAACAUUAGCUGACUAAAUGUAAACACAAACGAAAUCAGACAAACUAUUUAAUUGUGUAGAUUUGCAGACCGCAACAACUAAAUGUUAAAUGUUGAACUAGAGUUACAAUUGUGAACUCUAGAAACCGAAACUAACGAAGCAACAAAGGAGUAUAUAUUUUGGCAUACAAAAUUUUUACCAUUAAGUCAACUAAACGGAUGAAUACAAAUUGUGAAAUAUGUUUUAUUUUUACUACAUCUCGGACAGCACGAAAACCAGCCCAAAAAUAGACAAAACUUAAAGUUCGCUAUGCAAUAAAUCAAAAGGCAGCAAUUCAAGAAAGAAAACAAUAUGAAAACCUAUACGCAUAUAACAUAUAUAUUUAUUAAUGUUAACAUAUGGUACAUUUUUGAUCUAAUUGUUUAAAAUAGCCAACCAGCAGCAACAGUUAAAUUAAAUGUAGUUUAAAACCCAAAUGCUCAAUAAUCCCUUUAGCUUAAAAACUAAAUAGCCAGCCGUAAAAAUGUUAUACAAAUCAUUAAAUGCAUAUAAAGCCAA